AUGGCUUCUCUCGAAGGCUUGCCGGAUGAGCGCCGCGCUGAUAACGCUUCCCUCGACCCUAGCAACAACAACAACACGGCCAAAAUCACUCAGCAUUCUCCUCGCGACGACGACGGCGACCACGAUCACAACACUGCAGCCUUACAGUCCGCUGAGUAUAGCGAUCAGAGCGGUCAGGCACAACAACCUUUGACUUAUCAUGCGCACCCUCCUCUUUCGUUCCGCCCACACAAUCUUGCACGCUUUGGAGUUGCUGCUCGCUCUGCACUCGGCCAAGCAAAUCGCGUUCCUUCUGCUGCUCCUCAAGCACUCAAUGCGACCUCCGCCCAAUUUGGUAUUCCUGCCCUCCACAAAGGUCCUACCCCUGAGCCUGCAUCAUCAUCAGUUAAUGCAGUAUCGACCACUGAGAAUCUCGCCUUCGACGAACAGCAGCAAGCUCAAGAACGUAGCACCAUGCGUAACAGAAGUCGCAGUCUGAACGGCGAUCACACCACCCAGGCCAGAUCCUCCCACGGUAGACCUGCCUCGUCACGUCACAGGAGCCGCAGCCCAGUCCUCGCUACACAACCCCUAUCAUACCGCGAUCGUAGCCCCACCCGUCACCAAGGUAGUAGCGCACUUGAUCGCAGCGGCGAGAGUGAGUCUGCAGGAGUUGAUGACGUGAGCAUGGAUGAUGCAGUCGCUGCAGAGAGACAGCGUCGUAUGCCUGAGUUACAAAAGGAGAAGAACAAACAUGCAACUUGUGUCCUCUGCUGGCUCAAAGAAUUGCCCUGCGACCAUCAAUGGCCUUGUAAAGAGUGCAAAACCAGAGGCAAACCUUGUGCCUACAUAGUUUGUCCUAUGGCAAACUGCGCGCUCGAUGUCAAAUGUCCCGCAUACCACAAGAACAAGAAACUUCCGGACGAGACUCGCAAGAUUGGAUGCCCCAUGCAUAUGCUCGCCCUCUUGAAUCUCAACCGUCCCCUCAUCGAUUCAUACGACGUACAGAAGAUUCAGAAGAAGACCGAAGAUCCUGGCUCUGCACAGCAGAUCCAUCUUCUGCUCCAGCAAGAAAUCGAGCACAUCGUUCAGCAAAAGACCAAACUCGAGAAUCCCAUGGCCAUGAAGCUACUCUGA